AUGACGGGGGCCGUGUCACGCCUUCACCCCCGCCCCUUCCAGCCCAGCGCCAAGAGCGUGCCGCGACAUGCCAGGGCGCCACGCGCCGCACAUGAUAGAUCCAGAUCACAAGAUCACCAAGCUCCCAGGCCCCGCCGGACCUGGGCCCCCACUCGCGCCUCCCCGUCGGACGGGAACGGGGCCUCCCCGCCCUCCACCGACACGGUGGAGCGGCUCAUCAUCAUUGGCAGCGGCCCCGCCGGCUACACCGCGGCCAUCUACGCCGCCCGCGCCAACCUGCGCCCCCUGGUGUACGAGGGGUACCAGGCCGGGGGCUCCCCCGGCGGCCAGCUGAUGACCACCAACGAGGUGGAGAACUUCCCGGGCUUUCCCGACGGCAUCACCGGCCCCGACCUGAUGGACCUGAUGCGGCGCCAGGCGGAGCGCUGGGGCGCGCGCCUGGUCACCGAGGACGUGGAGUCGGUGGACCUGGGGGCGCGCCCCUUCACGGUGCGCGGCACCGACACCACCGCGCGCGCGCACAGCCUGAUCAUCGCCACGGGCGCCACCGCCAAGCGCCUGGGCAUCCCCUCCGAGUCCACCUACUGGAGCGCGGGCAUCUCGGCCUGCGCCAUCUGCGACGGCGCCAGCCCCCUGUUCCGCAACCAGCCGCUGGUGGUGGUGGGCGGCGGCGACACCGCGGUGGAGGAGGCCAUGUACCUGACCAAGUACGGGACGCACGUGCACCUGCUGGUGCGCGGAUCCCGCCUGCGCGCCUCGGGCGCCAUGCAGCAGCGCGUCGCGCGCGCGCCGCGCGUCACCGUGCACUACAACACCAGGGUGGAGGACGUGGAGGGCGACGGCCGCCUGCUGACAGGGGUGCGCACGGUCGGCGCGGACGGCGGCGGCGAGGCGCGCACCAUCCCAGCGCGUGGCCUCUUCUACGGCAUCGGCCACCAGCCCAACUCCGGCUUCCUGGAGGGCCAGCUGGAGCUGGACGCGGGCGGGUACGUGGCGGUGGGCGCGGGCGGGGCCACCUCCGUCCCCGGCGUCUUCGCUGCGGGGGACCUGCACGACAAGGAGUGGCGCCAGGCCGUGACCGCCGCGGGGUCGGGCUGCGCCGCCGCGCUGGCAGCCGAGCGCUGGCUGGCGGAGCAGGACCUGACCACCGUGGAGGACGCGCGGCACGCCUCGGUCCCGCGCGGCGACUUCGACCCCGCCAGCACCAAGCACCGGGGGCAGUACGCGCUGCGCAAGCUGUACCACGAGUCGCAGGGCCUGGUCAUGGUGCUCUACUCUGCACCCUCCUGCGCGCCCUGCCGGACGGUGAAGCCCAUCCUGAACAAGCUGGUGGACGAGUUUGAGGGCAAGGUCAACUUUGUCGAGAUCGACAUCGAGGAGGACUCGGAGAUUGCACAGGCGGCGGGAGUGCACAGCACGCCCACGCUCCAGUUCUUCAAGCAGAAGGAGCGGGUGCUGCACCAGCCCGGGGUCAAGAUGAAGCGCGAGUACCGGGCGCUCAUCGAGUCCAACCUGUGA